GAUACCAAGAAAGGUUGAGCAGGAGGAAAACCCGAAAGUCGUAAACAUAACUUGUGUGGGUAGCUCCGUUGCAUAAUGAUAAUAAUUUACGUCUACCGUUUCCUAUCCUCGGUGGCAUUUAACAUUCCAAAACAUUCCUAAAAUAGGUGAACCAUCUUAUACCGCCGUUUGUCGAAGAUGCAGAAGGCUCGACUGCAUUACGGUGGGAGAAAUGGCGAGAGCAUUUCGAUGCGUAUUUGAUGUGGAAGGAUGUCGACGACCACGAAGAAAAAUUCAAAUCCUUGAUGUUGUUCGGUGGUCCGGAUGUCCGCAAAAUAAUAUCAAAAAUUCAAAUUGAUGAAGACCAUGUUUUGGGAAAUCGAUAUCAAAUAGCGACGCGAAUGCUCGACGAAUAUUUUGUCCCACGAAUGUCGAAAGCGUAUGAAAGGCAGAAGUUUCGUCAAAUGCUACCGGGCUCAAACGAGAAACUUGACACUUUUAUUAUUCGACUGAAAAAACAAGCGACCUACUGUGAUUUUGGUGACCAAACUGAUAACAUGCUAGUAGACCAGGUGAUUGCUACAACGAAAAAUAUACAACUUUGACGUAAAUUUCUGGAAAAAGAUUAUACGCUCGAUCAGGUGCUAACCUUAGGGCGCACACACGAGUCUGUUGAUCUGCAACUUGCUGCCUGGGAUACCGCAACGAAAUCAAAAAUGGAACCUGCUGAACUCAAAACUGAUCCUAUUAAUGAAUCCAUUCUUAAAGUCAACACCGGAAGAAAGUUUCAUGCUCGUACAAGAUGCACCCGAUGUGACAACCAACACUCAUCAAGCGAUCCGACCUGUCCAGCGAAGAUGCAGAAAUGUCGAAGCUGUGGAGUAGUUGGACACUUUGCACGAUGUUGUUUCCUAAAGAAGAAAAAGGCGAGGCCAACCGAAAACGCGGAAAUCCCCAAGAAGAAACGAUUCGUCCGUGAAGUACAUGAAACUGUCCCAGAAAAUAAUGAAGAUGAUGUUUUCGACCUAUUCCAUCUUGGCGGUAAACGAACAGCUAAAAUCGAUGUUGGAGGAGUACCUGUGGCGUUUGUAAUCGACACUGGUGCCGAUGAAGAUAUUCUGAGUGAAGAGGAUUGGCGUAUCCUGAAAAACGUUGGAUUCGAAGCAUAUACGAUCAAAAAGGGUAGCAGCAAAACCUUCAACAGUUAUGGCUCCAACAAACCGCUCACAGUGCUAGGAGAAGUUGAAACCGAUGUGAAGUACGAUGGCAAGACACGAAGAACUAAAUUCUUCGUAAUCCGUGAUGGAAGGUGCUCGCUUCUCUCCGGAAAUACAGCAGUCGAACUUGGAUUGUUGAAGUUCCUCUUCGAAGUCAAUGAUGGUGCAUUCCCUUGCAUAAAUGAUGGUCUAGAUGUCGAAAUCACAGCCACACCUCAAUCAAACAAGGAGCAACAAAAGAACCGGACAGCAAAUCAGAAACGAUCUAGUGAAGCUCCAAUAACAGAAGUGCAGAGAGCAACUGGAAGAAUAAAACGGAAACCAGCUCAUUUAGAUGAUUAUAAACUAUAUAAAUUAUAUUCAAACUAA